CCCUCCGCUCCCCUCCACUCGCUUCUCUCUCUCGCUCGCGCGAGAAAAAAGAAAGAGAGAAAAAAUAUUUCGACGAAAGGAAAAUUAAACCCAGGAGAGAGGGGAGCUUGAGGAGGAAGAAGGCGCUCGAGCUCGAGCUGCGCUGCGCCUGCGCGGCGGCUUUGCUUCGAGGCGGCGGGGAGGGAGGGAGGGAGGGAGGGAGGAAGCGAUGCGGAUCCCGCGGAGGAAGGGCGGGGCGGGGGGGCUGGUUGUGGGAGCGCCGAGCAGGCGGGCGCAGGUCGCGGCGGUGUUCGCGCUCGCGCUGCUGCUUGGGGUGUCGGUGCUCUACGACAGCGCCCACAUCGCCGCCUCGCUCCGCCGCCACGGCGUCGGGGGGAGAAGCGGCGGAGGGGGAGGAGGAGGGGGAGAUGGCGCCCGCGCCUACACUAAGCUCUCCGCCACCACGACGGAGGAGGCGGAGGCGGCCGAGGUGCGCUCCCCGCCGGCGCAGGGGGUCGAAUCGGCGGAGGAGGCGACGGAUCGGGGGCGGGGCGACGCUCCACCGGAGCAGCCGGCGGAGCGGGCGGCCGCCGGCUCUGGAGCGUCAGCCGAGACCCCGCCGUCUCUGCUGGAGCAGGUCACGGGUACGGAGACGCCGGCAGCGGCGGCGGAGGGAGGAGAUCACAGCGGCGAGAGCUGCGACGUGUACCGCGGGAGGUGGGUUUACGACGAGGUGAACGCGCCGCUGUACAAGGAGUCCGCCUGCGAGUUCCUCACGGAGCAGGUCACCUGCAUGCGCAACGGCCGCCGCGACGACGACUACCAGAAAUGGCGGUGGCAACCCGACGGCUGCGACCUCCCCAGAUUUGACGCUAAGUUGCUUCUGGACAAACUAAGGAACAAAAGGCUGAUGUUUGUGGGGGAUUCACUGAAUCGCAACCAAUGGGAGUCCAUGGUGUGCCUUGUCCAAUCUGAGGCUCCAUGGGAAAAGAAAUCACUUGUCAAGAACGAUUCUCUAAAUGUCUUCCAUCUUGAGGAGUACAAUGCUACAAUUGAGUUCUAUUGGGCACCUUUCCUAGUUGAGUCAAACUCAGAUGAUCCAAACAUCCAUAGCAUCGUUGACCGCAUAAUCAAGCCAACAUCUAUUGCGAAGCAUGCAGCAAAUUGGGAAGGGGUGGACUACUUGAUCUUCAACACUUAUAUUUGGUGGAUGAAUACACCAGAGAUGAAAAUUUUACGUGGUGGGUCUUUUUCAAAGAAACCAGUGAAAUAUGAUGAAAUGGAGCGCGUGGCUGCAUACCGGAAGGUCCUCAAGACAUGGUCUAGAUGGGUAGAAAAGCACGUAGAUCCAAAAAAAACUACUGUCUUCUUCAUGAGUGUGUCACCAGUGCAUAUGCAGAAUGAGGGCUGGGGAAGACCAGAUGUCAUAAAAUGCUUCUCUGAGACGCAGCCAGCUAUCAACUAUAACAAGACAUUGGAGCUGGGAACGGACUGGGAUCUGUUCUCCAUGGCUCAGCGCGUGACGAAGGCGAUGAAGAGGGUGCCAGUGCACUUCAUCAACAUAACGGCAUUGUCAGAGAUCCGCAAGGACGCGCACACAUCCGUGCACACCCUGCGGCAGGGGAAGCUCCUGACAGCGGAGCAGAAGGCCAACCCCCGCAAGUUUGCGGACUGUAUCCACUGGUGCCUGCCUGGGUUGCCUGACACAUGGAAUGAGUUCGUCUAUGGCCACAUUGUGUCAAGCCCUCAAAGGAGGCCAAUUGAGCCGACUGAGAAUCAACCUCAGAGAUAACAGUUUAAGAACUGUCUAUCUGGAAUCGAGUAGAUCAUUUAGCGAGCAAAAGAUGGCGGUCGAGGCCAUAAAUUAUUUUCUAGGCUUAGGAAUCUAUGCUGUUCAUUCACCUAGGGUUUAAUCAGAAUGAUGGCCAUGGGGGUAGAGAAUUGCAGUUGUGAGCAACCAAAUAGAUCUAGAUGAGAUCAUGAGAGCUCUUGGUGCUGCCGCCUGAGAGUUUGGAUGUGGUUGUUUCCGAGGAGAAUGCUUCUCUGCUUCUCAUCUGAAAAGGUGUGUGUAAUUUCCAUGGAUGCAUGUAUAUAAUCUUGCUAAAUUCUUUCGGGAA